UCAAUGGAUUUGUUGAUAUUAUAAAUUUGUUAUUAUGAUGAUGAUUAUUGUGAACAAAAAUAAUCGAACGUUUGAUUAAGUGAAUAGAAUUUUGUUUGAAAUAAAAAUGUCUUCGGAAGAAACAUCGAUGAUAUCCGAAAGAGAAAUAUAUCAUAAUUUUUAUGCCAUAAAUGAACGACCAGUUGAUGAUAUAUCGUUGCAAUUUUUCUACAAACCACAUACCAUCACAUUAUUAGUUGUUUCCAUCAUAACCAUAUUUUAUUCGGCAUUCACGCGUGAUGAAUCUUCACUGCAAAAUAAUAUCUGGUCCGGCAUUCGGUGUUUGGUUUUAUUUUUCCUGGUCAUUUCAUUGCUGACAUUUCCAAAUGGACCCUUCACCCGUCCACAUCCAGCAUUUUGGCGUUUAGUUUUUGGUAUCAGCGUUCUAUAUUUAUUGCUAAUAAUCUUCAUAUUAUUCCAGAAUUAUCAUACAGUCAAAGCAAUCAUGUAUUGGUUCUAUCCAGAUCUUAAACAUUUUCGAAUCGAUUCGGAAAAGGAAUAUGCCGUCGAUUGUCAUAAUUUAACAUUGGAACGUUUUCUCGAACACUUCGAUGUUUUUGCUUUGGCACAUUUUUUGGGAUGGGUAUUGAAAGCAUUGUUGUUACGUCAUUAUGGUAUUUGUUGGACAAUAUCGGUCACGUGGGAAAUUACUGAAGUUGCUUUCGCUCAUUUAUUGCCAAAUUUCGCCGAAUGUUGGUGGGACUCAUGGUUAUUGGAUGUUAUCAUCUGUAAUGGUUUAGGAAUCUAUUGCGGUAUGCUUAUAUGUCGAAUGCUGGAAAUGCGUACAUACAAAUGGGAAAGCAUCAAAGAUAUUCAAUCAACAUCGAAGAAGAUACGUCGUGCGAUUCUACAAUUUACACCCGAAUCCUGGACACCGAUUCAUUGGUUUGAUCCGAAUUGUACAUAUAUGCGAUUUCUAUCCGUUACCCAACUAGUCAUCUUCUGGCAAUUGACUGAAUUGAAUACAUUUUUCUUGAAACAUAUCUUCGAAACACCACCUGCACACCCAUUAAAUGUUGGUCGUAUUGGUUUGAUUGCAUUGAUGGUCGCACCAUCAGUUCGUCAAUAUUAUACCUACAGUACUGAUACACGUUGCAAACGUGUCGGCACACAAUGUUGGGUAUUUGUUGCCAUUGUUAUUACUGAAACAUUAAUUUCCAUCAAAUUCGGUCUCAGCAUUUUUGCUCAAGCACAAUUAUGGAAUAUUUUCAUUUGGCUAUUGAUACAGUUUGUAAUCAGUAUAUCGUGUGUAUCGCUUUGUGUUAUUUGGGCCAAAUAUCGAUGGAAUCAUGUUAACAAUAUUGUGGAAGAAUAUUUCAUUCGAUCAAAAGAUAAUUUUCUCAAUAAAUUUGAUCAAAAAAUUCGUUACGACGUUAACACUGCUGAUAAUAAGAUAAAAUACUCGUGAUUAGUUAAUUUAUAAUGAAAUGAUUAUUUUUAUUCCAAUUAC